AAUAGAGCCCCCCAGCCAAUGCUAUGUCCAACAGCUCAACAAAGCUUGUUUGAACCAAACAGUUUGCUUUGGAAGCUGAAAGGCAGCCAUGGAAGAGGAGAGCUUUGCAUCUGUGAGCAGCUUGCCAAGAGAGAUUCUGCAGCGAAUUGUUUCAAUGAUGCCACUGAUAGAGGCGGUAAGAACUAGGGUUCUUUCAUCUUCAUGGAAGAGCCUGUGGACUCCAUUUCAGGUGGGAAUGGACUUUGAUUCAGACCAAAUAGUCUGUAAUGAAGCCAGGGAGAAAGUAAGCCAGAUCCUGGCUGUGCUCUUGAAGCAGCCCUGUGACAAUCCUGAGCUAUGGAAGUUCAGCCUCAGCCGGAUCGGGUCGGGCGAGGAAGAUGUGAUUUUCUUGGCCACCAAAGGAGCAGGAAAUGAGCUCCAUCUUGACUUCCAUGGAGAGAUGCAAAUAAGCAGCAACUUCAACUGGGUUUUGGAGCAAAGGCCAAACCGACCCACCUCGUGUGGUGCUCUUGUAGAGAUGGGUUGGUAUUCUUCUCUCAAGAAACUGCAUCUGAGAUCAGUGAACCAGCUAGCCAAAGACCUGGUUUCAAGCUUGCUGCUGAGCUGCCAGUUCCUUGAAAGCUUGAAGGUGGAGAAGAGCAGUGGGCUGGAAAGCUUGAAUGUCAAAGCAAAUGCCAGCCUCAAGAGCUUUGCCGUGGUGGACUGUCCAAGAUUAGCAAGUUUGAAGCUAGAUGCAUCUGGGCUCAAGUCAUUUUGGUACAAGGGUUUCCUCCCAGUGAUUCAGAUUCAUGGCUGUUCAAGCUUGGUUGAUGUGGUGCUUGACUUGAGAGAAGGUUUAGGGGGCAAUGAGUUUGACUGUGAGGACAUCUUGCCAUUUAUGGCCUCUCUCAAGGACAUUGAAACUUUAAUGAUCAGUGGCUGGCUUCUUGAGUGGCUGUGCUCAGCAGGAGUGAUUUUUGGAAGGCUUCAAUUCCAAUUCAACAAGUUGAAAGAACUGUGCUGGUUUGAUUCUUCCAUGAGCUGGUCCAAGAGGGAUUCCUUGGCUUGCUUCUUGCACAUUUCACCCCUCUUGGAAAAGUUGACCAUCAUGAUUGAUCAGAACCUGGGUACCAUUGCCCGGCCAUGCUUCUUCCAGUACUGGCAUGAGCCACACUUGCUAGUGGACCAUGCAGCAGUGAAGGCUAAUGCUUCUGAACUUGGGCAUUUGAAGAUCAUUAAGCUGGCAGGUUUCUCAACACAAGAUGAUGAGCUGCUACUUCUAAUGGACCUUUUGCUCAAGAUGUCAACUGGAAUCUUAGCGUCCAUGACUGUAACAACACAAGAUAAGCAACAAUCAUGGGGGGUUUCAAAGAUACCCAAGAGCCAGAUAAACCACAUAUCUGGCUGCCCUGCUAAUAGGAUUCUAAUUCCAUGUCCAGACAGUGACUACUUUCUUGGACUAACAGAAGAAAGUAACAGUUUUUGCCCAGCCACGUUAGGGAUAUCAAGAAUUGAUCCCUGCCAAGGUCAGUUGUAACCAAUACUCGACUAACUCCUAGUAUUGUUGUACUACAGAAACUAGAGUUGAGAUUCAUCCAGAUUGAAUAAAUUACUUGGAUACCAAAGUGCC